UUGCCGUGCUGAAUGCCUUUGUUUAUUUCUGCCAGCUUGCCGUCCGGUGUAUUUUGGUUUUGAAUUUUGGCCUUCGCCAUGGCCAUGAUCGCUACUGCAACAGGUGUUUCAACGAAAAGGAAAGAAAUAUACAAAUAUGAUGCGCCAUGGACGAUUUAUGGCAUGAAUUGGAGUGUUAGACCAGACAAGCGUUUUAGGCUUGCUCUGGGAAGCUUCGUUGAGGAAUACAACAACAAAGUUCAAAUAAUUUACCUUGACGAAGAGACGGCGGAAUUUGUAGUUCGAGCGACUUUUGACCAUCCAUACCCGACAACGAAAAUCAUUUGGAUACCCGAUAGUAAGGGUGGCUAUCCUGAUUUAGUUGCAACAUCUGGAGACUAUCUUAGAGUAUGGAGGGUCAGUGACUCUGAAGUGCGUCUGGAAUGUCUUCUGAAUAAUAAUAAGAACUCUGAUUUUUGUGCUCCACUGACAUCUUUUGACUGGAAUGAGGUGGAUCCAAAUCUAUUGGGGACAUCAAGUAUUGAUACAACAUGUACCAUAUGGGGACUGGAGACAGGUCAAGUUAUUGGAAGGGUGAACAUGGUGUCAGGACAUGUCAAGACUCAACUUAUUGCACACGAUAAAGAGGUGUAUGAUAUUGCUUUUAGUCGUGCUGGUGGUGGAAGGGACAUGUUUGCUUCUGUUGGAGCUGAUGGUUCAGUCAGGAUGUUUGAUCUUAGGCACCUAGAACACUCUACAAUAAUCUAUGAAGAUCCACAACACAGUCCGUUGUUAAGAUUAUCAUGGAACAAACAGGAUCCUAACUAUUUAGCAACUUUCUCUUUGGAUGCAAUGGAGGUGAUAAUAUUAGAUGUUAGAGUACCAUGCACACCAGUGGCAAGGUUAAACAACCACAGAGCCUGUGUAAAUGGCAUUGCAUGGGCUCCACAUUCAUCUUGUCAUAUCUGUACAGCAGGUGACGACCACCAAGCCUUGAUCUGGGACAUUCAACAGAUGCCACGAGCCAUUGAGGAUCCCAUUUUAGCUUACACUGCAGACGGAGAGAUUAAUCAGAUUCAGUGGGCGAGCACACAGCCAGACUGGAUUGGCAUCUGCUACAACAACAACUUGGAGAUUCUAAGAGUAUAAUAAUGUAGAAGGAACUUACCUGUAUUGAGGAUGGAAGUUUGGUAUCCCUGUUCAUUCAUGGAUAUGGUCUUGGGAAUUGAGAUGUCUGUCCAUUUCUGGGACAAGUUGUAAGUGUCUCUUGCAGGUCUCUUGUGCCCAUAUUUUCUUAUACAAUGUUUUACUUUGUUGAGACAUACAGAAUUUGCAAAACUAGGAUGCUUGAUGGUGGAGUCUUCUGGUGCCAGUGAGGAUAGUCUGGACAUAACUACUGUUGGUGACAGAGAAGGGUACUUUGACAACCUGAGAGAAAUUUAUCAUCAAUUGACUUUAGUGAUGACUUCCUUUCAGAGUUUUUAAGCAGCCGUCACUACCAAUGACAACAGUCCUUUCCAUGCCUUCCCUCAUGCAGGUGUCAGAACAUGCAAUUUAUUGUUAUCAUGGCUCAAACCAUAUCCUAAAUUAGAGCAAUGAUUCUCCUUUUCAGUUUAUUACUCUGCUAACCUUUUCACACCCAAGAUCUCAGUUAAAAUUCUCCUCUCUGAUGUCUACUUGUUCCUGAUAAUUGUAGCUCAGAGAAUUAUUUUGGUGUCAACCCUUUAAAUCCCAAGAUCUCAUUUUUAGUUCACCCCUAGCUGCAGCAGAAUUCCUUUUAUAUUAGUUGCAAGAAUUUGGUGGUAGAUCAGGAAAACAAGUCCUACCAGAUAAGUUUGAGUAUUCUCAUUACCUGUUUUCUGGACAAUGUAUUGAUAUCAGAGAGAGAAGUUACAUAUUGAUCACCAGCAGGAGUUUAAGGUUAAAUUAGAUAACAUCCUCCUGUUGUUCUUUUUCCAUAUUCUCAUCGCCUUUCUGGUUGAUGUUGUAUUGAUAUGGUAAGGGGAAAUUAGUUAUUGGUCACUUGUGGUGGUGAAAGAGUUAAUAGAGAGUUUUUUGUUUACUGCUGUCUUAUAGAUAGCCUCUCUGAGUUCAGGCAAGAUCCUUCUACCCAUGUUUUCUUGUUUGUUUAUCUCAAGACAAUGUAGAUGUCAUAUAUUUUCUAAUCUUGCAGACAGUUAUAAUAUUUUUGCUCACGUGCUCUGUACAUGUAGAGAUGAUAUAAAUGUAGUGCAAUGCUUCUGAUUUCCUUUGUAUAGCAGAGCAUUUCCUACGUGUAGUUAAUAACAGGUAAUAGAUUACAUGUUGUAUAAAUGUACAGUAGACUAAUUUAAACUUGAACAUGUACAAGAGGAGAUCAAUUUUUUUGGUUUUUGAUUCUUUUUUUUCAAAAGUCCGUAAACUCGAAACAAUAGGUGAUACUCAGUAGUCUUUUAGUUUAACGGAAUUGAUUAAAGUAGUGGGUGACUAUCAAAUUCCUUUUUAGCUGGAAGUUUACUGAGAGAAAACAAGUACUUUGCUGAAAAAGGAAAAAAUCAUGGGCAAUCAAGUUAGAAUUAAUAGUUUGUUUCCUUGUAUUUGCAUUAGUCAGUUUUGAUUUAAUGGCCCAUUAACAAUCAACGCAUGAUAACUAGAAGCAACAUUUAAAGAUUGGACUUAAUUUUCAAAGCCUUAUUUGUUGGGCGGUGGAAAUAUCAACGAAGCAACAUUGUAUAGUCUAAAUUAACUUAAAUAUUCAUCAAUUCUCUUUGUUAACAUUUAGGGUAGCAUAAGUUCAUUGUAAGCUACGUGACAUUUUAAAUUGAAGUCAUAGAUUGCCUUGUUUCUGUGUAUAUUUAGAUAAAGUGAAAUAUAUAUUAGUUCUUCUAUUAAGUUUAAUAUAACAAUAAAGUUUAUGUUCGCGGGCAUUAAAUUGUUGUGGGCCACUCAGAUUCAUUUGGACUCGAGCAGCUUAGCAAGGGUUAAAAUGACUCUGAAAGGGGUCCAAAACAUAUUUAUGCCCAAGUAUGUAAAGUGUAUUGCUAUUGUUAUCACUUUGAAGGGCAUUGAAGUAAUAGACACUGAAAAAAGACAACAAAAACGGGUUAAAAUAUAUUUUUGCUCGCCAAAACCUCCAUUUUAGUUCGCACAAUGCCCGACAAAGUGGGGAUGAUUUUAAAUCUUUUGGUCUUGUUGAUGCAACAACCAGCCGUCCCCUAAGCUUUUGUAAAAUGCCAGCUUUUUCAGCUAGCCGUCUUAGAUAAUCAUUUUACUUAUUUAAGUCGAGAAGCUGGAUUCUUCUUCCUUUGAGCGAUUAUUGGAAAUGUUCUCUAUUUAAGAACUUAUG